UUGAGGGAAAGAGCUAAAUCCUAGCCUUGGGGGAGUGCCUGGUCAGGGAGCCCCUCCCACAGUACACAGUGAAAUUUGCCCAUCCUUCUUCCCCUCGUCUCUCCGGCGCGGGGCUCUGAGGCGUGCGGAGGCCAGCCCUCUUCUUGACGGGCCCGAGAGGAGGGGCGGGCGGGGCGGGCGCUGCCUACCCGGGACGGGCGGAACCAUUCAGGCGGGGAGGAGAGGGCCUGGUGACGGCAGGCAGCGGUACCGCCCGGGGGCGGUGUGCGGAGCGGGCUGGCCGGCUCCCUGGGGCGGGGCGGGGAGGGCGGGGCGUGGGGCGGACGGAACCACCGGGGCGGGGUGGGGAGGUAACGGGACGGGCGCGACCAUGGCACGGUGAGGCAGCGGGGGUGGGGAUCCGUCCGGGGGAGGCCUGGGGCCGCUGGCUUGUGUGCUGUCUCCGCCGCCUCCCGUUUCGCCGCCGCCGCCGCCGCCGCCCCGGGCAUGUCGUCCAACUGCACCAGCACCACGGCGGUGGCGGUGGCGCCGCUGAGCGCCAGCAAGACCAAGACCAAGAAGAAGCAUUUUGUAUGCCAGAAAGUGAAGCUAUUCCGAGCUAGCGAGCCGAUCCUCAGCGUCCUGAUGUGGGGGGUGAACCACACGAUCAAUGAGCUGAGCAAUGUCCCUGUCCCUGUCAUGCUAAUGCCAGAUGACUUCAAAGCCUACAGCAAGAUCAAGGUGGACAAUCAUCUCUUCAAUAAAGAGAACCUCCCCAGCCGCUUCAAGUUCAAGGAGUACUGUCCCAUGGUGUUCCGAAACCUCCGGGAGAGGUUUGGAAUUGAUGAUCAGGAUUACCAGAACUCAGUGACACGCAGUGCUCCCAUCAACAGUGACAGCCAGGGCCGGUGUGGCACGCGCUUCCUCACCACCUAUGACCGGCGUUUUGUCAUCAAGACUGUGUCAAGUGAGGAUGUGGCUGAGAUGCACAACAUCUUAAAGAAAUACCACCAGUUCAUAGUGGAGUGUCAUGGUAACACCCUUUUGCCACAGUUUCUGGGCAUGUACCGCCUUACUGUGGAUGGUGUGGAAACCUACAUGGUGGUCACCAGGAAUGUGUUCAGCCAUCGGCUCACUGUACACCGCAAGUAUGACCUCAAGGGUUCUACUGUUGCCAGAGAAGCAAGUGACAAGGAGAAGGCUAAGGAAUUGCCAACAUUCAAAGACAAUGACUUCCUCAAUGAAGGGCAGAAGCUGCAUGUGGGAGAGGAGAGUAAAAAGAACUUUCUGGAGAAACUGAAGCGGGAUGUUGAGUUCCUAGCCCAGCUGAAGAUCAUGGACUAUAGCCUGCUGGUGGGCAUCCAUGAUGUGGACCGAGCUGAGCAGGAGGAGAUGGAGGUGGAGGAACGGGCAGAGGAUGAGGAGUGUGAGAAUGAUGGGAUGGGUGGCAGUCUGCUCUGCUCCUACGGCACACCUCCUGACAGCCCUGGCAACCUCCUCAGCUUCCCUCGGUUCUUUGGUCCUGGGGAGUUCGACCCUUCCGUUGAUGUCUAUGCCAUGAAAAGUCAUGAAAGUGCUCCCAAGAAGGAGGUCUAUUUCAUGGCCAUCAUUGAUAUCCUCACACCAUAUGACGCUAAGAAGAAAGCUGCACAUGCUGCCAAAACGGUGAAACAUGGGGCAGGAGCUGAGAUCUCGACUGUGAACCCCGAGCAGUACUCCAAACGCUUCAACGAGUUCAUGUCCAACAUCCUGACGUAGUUAUCUUCUACCUUCAUCCAGAGCCUGAUUGCUGCAUAUGGGGUUGGGGAUCGGGAGAGGGUGUAUUUGGGCUAGAUGGGAGGGUGGGGAGCAGAGUGGGAGGUUGGGAGGGCUUUAGGAAUGAGACUGCACCCUGUGACACUGAGAGUGACUCUAUAAGGGAGGGGAUGUGCUGUGUGUACACAUGCUCACAGGAUAUAACCUUACCUCUGCUUACCCUUGAUUCUUCUCCCCAUUUGACCCAGGUUAAAAAGGGGUUCCCUGGGGGGAGGGCGUGACUCAAGCGGUAGAGCGCCUGCCUAGCAAGCAUGAGGCUCUUGAGUUCAAACCCCAGUACUACAAAAUUAAGGAGGAGGUCCCUUUUUGAUAUCUUCCAACCUUUUAAGAUAACUUGGGGCUAGAGAUGACUUUGUGGAUUUAUUUGGGUUUUGUUUCUGAAAUUUUAUUGCUCCAGGUUUACUUUUUAUAAUGAUGUAUGUCACCAUCUAGCCACCCUCCCCAUCCCUGCCCAGCUCUCAGUUUCCUUCAGUUAAAAGAGGCACCUGACAGGCCCAGCACGAGGGGCCUCAAAAAGCAAAUGUCCCUGUUGCCAGCAAGGAGAAGAGGUCAGACACCUCAGCCCUGCCACAUUUGAUCUUAUCUGGAUUAACUUUUUUAAUUUCAUGGAGUAUUGUGUGUAACUUCCUCCACUUUUCCACC